AUGGGAACGCUUCAUCCAAGGCCUCGUUAUCUGACUGGCCACCUCCCCUCUCCGCGCAUGCUUGAUAGCGAGAUUUCGAAGUACCGUAGUCCGCAGAUCGACCUCAAAGAAGCUGUUUACUCCCUAGCUGCGGCGGUCCUAUAUGCCCGACACUCACAGUACGUUGAAUCCCUCGAGGAGCACACUGACGUCCUUCGGCGCGGUUCCUCCCUUCUCUCCCGCGCACCUGUGUGGUUCAACAUCGGCUCCCUCUGGGCCUCAGUGGGCGAUCUCCGUCGAGCAUUGGACGCAUACGAGCUUAGUAUCAACGAGGAUCGUGAAUUCACAAUAUCAUGGUUUAGUAAGGGGAUCUGUCAUUUCCUACUGAGAGAGUAUUGCCAAUCUAUGAUUACUUUCAGGAAGUGUUCGUCAACCUUUAAGGUGUUUUCCCAGGUUACAUUAUUCGAUGACUAUAGUCUGGAUUUCGUUCUUGUGAAGGAUGAUGUCGUGUGGAAUGCCAACGUUGCCAAACGCCGCUAUAAAAUGCAAAGCGCAUUGUGUGGAGUGGACGAUCUCGAAUCAAAGCUACGGCGUGGCCACCUUAACCUGUUUCUUGGACCGCAUAAGGAUUGCUUUAAAUUGCACGAGAUGUUCUUAAAGAAGGGCGGAUCUAGAUUGAAGGGGGCUCUGUCAUUGAUCCCACGUCCACUAACUAUUCGAAAGCGUUCUUGCUACAAGCACCGGAAGUUUACUUAUGUUGGUUUCUCAGACAUGCAAAAAGGUGAACCCAAGGUCGUUCUUAAAAUCCCAGUCUCCAGAGGACAAUCAACAGCAAAUUCUAAACCCCAAGGGCCACAGGGUAAAGCUAACACUACUGGGAUAUCACGCUUUCCGUCUGUUAUCCCGCGCAAACGAAUCCCCUCCUCACCAACUCUAUCUUCCAGCAGAGGGCAAAGCUCCUGUGAACGGUCCGCGCUAGUAACUACGUUCCCUCUCUCACCACCAACUCUAAGGAGAAGAGGGCAUGGAGCUGACCCUCACUUUGUGACUGGGCAAAAUAGAGUCAGAAAGGGGUACUUUCUCACAGACUCGACUUUCAGGGGUAGAUCAGAUGCCCUCCUCCCUACCCAACUGCGCACCCCUAACCCCAGCUCGAUCACGACCAAUGCCGCUGAUAGAGGUUAUGACAGCGACACCACGGAACAAAACAACCAUGGAAAUGAGACCAUGCUCUGUGUCUUAGGUUUGGACAGGACACCUGAAGAGCGAAACAGGAGCGAUACACACUCACGUAUUAUCACUCCUUCCGUUGAAACAUCCGUGUCCCAUGAAACCUUCUAUUCGGUUCCUGAAGGGUCAAGUAAUAGGAUAAGCGAAACGGCGCCAUCGACGCCAUCAUCAACGCCAUCAUCAACUUCAUGUUCCAUCUCCGCUGCUAGCGUUAUCCAAAACAAUUCCCCAAACCUGCGCCUUCGUCCACGGAUCUUUGACAGUAUUUUGAAUUUUCUACCAAUUGCUGAAACGGGGGACAUAGCGCGCAGUCGUCGUCGCUAUGUUGGUAUUGGUUCUUCCGCAGCCGGGACGAAUCAACAGUCACCCGGAAAUGACAAUGGGGUCUAG